AUGCGAAAGAGACACGAGAGCGGCGGAAGGCCCCGAGGAGACACACGUAACAGACUCAAGACUCUGACCGCCUACGUCGAUCAGGCCUUAAAGGGGGGUAAUGUGAGGAUCAGGCCCCCAGACCUACCCUCAGAAUCACGACUCGGCUCUACCAGCCACGCUGAGCCAGGGGUCGGACAAGGGUCCACUUACUCCGGAUUUAAGCGCGUCUCUUGAGCGCGUCGUUGAUUGUAAUUUCUCUCUUCUCUUCAGUUUAGAAUUUUCGUCGAGAGCGCCUAAUACACUGAGGUUCUCCAAUGUAUGCCUGGCCGUGACAUA